UAAAACACCCCCAACCCUACCAACUCUCCAACGGCGCAGCUCACACUCCCUCUCUCGUCCCUCCCUUCACCCUCGAGCUGGCCGUUCCUCUCAACACCGGCGAGCUCAAUCCCUCCCUUUCGUUCAGCCGCCGGACUGCUCCUGACGCCGUCGCCGGUUGGAGCUUCGAAGCUCACUCAGUCCCUCACUCAGCUAACGUCUCAGACUCUCAGCAGUGGAAGCACAGUCGCCGGACUCGCCUUCUGCCUCCGUCGCGUAGCUUUGUUCCUCCGUCGCAAGCUCUGUUCCUGCCUCCGUCGCCAGUUCUGUUCAUGCCUCCGUCGCCAGCUCUGUUCUUCUAGCUCCUCGUUCGACUGACGACGGUGGCGACCGACGAUUGACGUCCGACGACUGACGACUGACGUCCGACGACUGACGACCUACGGUGCUGCCCUGCUUCUCGGUGACGACUGACGCUCCUCAAGUCUUGGUUACCUCCACAGCUUUGGAGGAAGCUCUUAACUGGAAUCACUGAGCUGAAGAAUUCAAGAAAGAAGAGGAAGAAGAUGGGUAAUCAGAAGCAAAAGUGGACGCAAGAUGAAGAAGACGCACUCAUCGCUGGCGUGGAAAAACACGGUCCAGGAAAGUGGAAGAACAUUCUCAAAGACCCUCAAUUUGCACCAUUUCUCACUUCACGUUCCAAUAUCGACCUCAAGGAUAAAUGGCGGAAUUUGAGUGUUAGCAAUGGCACUCAAGGGUCCAAGGAAAAACCUAGGGUUCCUAGAAUCAAGGCUGGGGCUCCUAUUGCUGGUGCCCCAGUUGCUGCUGCUGCUGCUAGUAAUGCUAUUGUUGUUGCCGGGGAAGAUGCUACUAUUGUCACCACUAUGAUUCAUCAACCUGAUCCUUCUGUUGCUGUGGGUGAUUCUUCUCAAAAUGAUGAAGAUGCCAAGAAUCGUCCGAGGUACAAUGCAAUGGUUUUAGAAGCGCUGUCAGCUUUGAAAGAUGCUAAUGGAUCUGACCUGAAUGCCAUUGUUAACUUCAUUGAGCAAAAACACAAGGUUCCUCAGAAUUUCAGAAGGGCAUUGAGUACCAGGUUGAGGAGGCUUGUUAGUCAAGGGAAACUUGAAAAGGUACAAAACUGUUACAAGAUUAAAAAGGACUAUUCACCUGUGCCAAAAUCACCAGUUGCUGUGAAAAAGAAUGUGUGGCCACAACGGCAACAACCACCACCACCCCCCGAGUUUGUGGCAUCUAAUGAGACAAUAAAGGAAGCUGCUGAAACUGCAGCCUACAGAAUUGCCGAGGCCGAAAGCAAGUCAUAUUUAGCCGCUGAAGCAGUCAAGGAGGCAGAACGAAUUGCACGCUUAGCUGAAGAUGCUGAGGCGAUGUUACAGCUAGUACAACAGAUUUAUGAUGCUUGUUCGCGCGGUGAAGCUGUCAUCUUGGCAUCUUAAGUUGGGUCUAUCAACGGACUCCUGGAUUUUGCUCUCUGUAAAAAUAGUUGUUCAUAUAUCGAACUCAGGCUCACAGGGAGUCUUUUUUCUCCACUAUACCCCAGCUCAUGUUCAUCAUAAAAGCGUGGUUGAGAUCCUUAA